AUGAGCGGUGGUGCCAUCCGCAAGGCUCUGGGCAACCUGGUGGUGGCCCAGGGCCGCCACGACGACGACGCAGCGUUGCGUUGUGCGCGUGCUGACUUGGAAGAGGAGGAGUCAUACUUUGCGAUUAUCUAUUCGUUCGUCCCCCAGGAAGUCCUGGAUGUGAAUACCGUCCAGUCGCAGCUCGAUUUCUUCCACCGGACUGGGUUUAUGGUGACGCUCUCUAGAGAGGAAAACUGGCGUGGCCAGGUAGUUCUCCUGUGGAAAUGGCAGAAAGCACCUCCCAACGCGACCACCGGCGAGGCCGCCACCGCGGCGGCCCCCUCGGAGAAGUACGACCCGACGACCCGGCUCCGCUCGGGCGCCAACCCGCGCACGAAGCCGACCGACGCGGAGCUGGCGGCCAAGAUGGAGAAGAUGCGGAUCCUGUCUGCCGAGAAGACGCGGCGGUUCGAGCAGGCGCAGCGCGACGAGAGCGACCACGCGAUCGCGUACGCGCGGGGCAUGGAGGAGGCGCGCAAGCGGCGCGCCGCCGAGGAGGAGAGGCGGCGCCGCGGCGAGGAGGACCGCCGCAGGAUGGAGGACGAGCGGGCCGCCAACCGCGAGCGCAAGCUGCGCGCCAUGGGCCAGAAGGAGGGCGGCUGGGACGAGGGCAAGGAGGAGAGGCUGGCCGAGGAGGACCGCCGCGGGUUCAGGGGCGCCAACGGCGGGGUCCGGGGGGUCAGGCGCGCGGGCGGCGGCGGCGGCGGCCUCGCCGGGAGCAGGUAUGCUACUGCGCCGGACGAGCCGGACAGCAGCGGCGGGAGGGAUUUCGGCGGGGAGCGGGGGAACCGUGGCCGCGGCCGCGGAAGAGGAGGCCCCAUCAGAGGCGGACGAGGGGGCCGGGGCGGCUUCCAAGACGAGCACGCUCAGAAUGGUGCUGCGGGUCGGCCGAAGCCUGACCCGCCGGCCAUGUCAAAGGAUGACUUCCCCGCGUUGCCGCCGGCGGAUAACACCAAGACCGAAGACGCCGUUGGGGCCACGGCCAAGCUUCCCCCCGCCAUCCUGAAUCCCAUCUCGCCUCUGUCUCCAGGCAUUGGGGGAUGGGAUGAAGAAAUGGCCGCCAUCGAUGCCAAAAACCGCAAGUUAUAGCGUAACGUUGCGUGGAAAGUCUACGAAUGGCUCGAUGAACAACAGGGGGUAGACGGACUCCUUUCCCAGCACCGAAACGGUACCUCUUUCAACCCUUGAAUCACGACAGACACGUCGAGCGGUCCCCAAUUUGGACGAAGGGGAGGCUGGGUGGCUAGAUUCAAGAUACCGACUAGCUAAAACACGCCCAAAAAAAACGGCUGGAGCCUGGCGGAGAAGGCUCCGUCUGAGAGAGACAGGGGAAGUAACCCGGGACACCGUAUAGCACCCCUCAAACGAUACUCAUACUUGACUUUUUGUCUAUAUUA